ACAGCCGUGAAGGUUAUUCAACCCGAGCGGAUCUCGUUCGUAAGCAACGCGGAGUAACGGGUUCCCGAUGACUCGUGCACGAGGCGCCUCUCCACCACUUGCUUCGAUUACCUGCGUGCACACGCGGGCCCACCGCUCGCUCGCUUCUCCAACCUCUUCGAGCCGUGGAUUCAGUCAGCCGUGCACCAUUGUCGAAACAUUGUCGUCCUCCUGGACGAUACCGGACACGCACUCACACGCACGCUCUCUCUCUCUCUCUCCCUCUCUCUCUCUUUCGCGUUUUUUUCCCGCCCCAUUUUUCGUCUCGAUUUCGAAGGAAAGAGAAGUGUUUUUUUUCUUUAUUUUUUCUCUCUCUCUCUCUAUGGUGUAUUUUCAGUUUUUAGUAGCUUUUGUCUUUGACAUUUAAUCGCUGUGUGUCGGUUUUCUUUUUCUUUUUCUUUUUUCCUUCUCUUUCUUUCUCUCGUUCGUUGAUCGUUGAUUUGGUGAUUAAAUGCGGCUUCCAGCAGGAUUUUGAGAUUCAGAAGUGCAAAAAUGCGGAUGAAACUGUUGGAGAUCGUGGUGGUUCUGUUGGCGUUGGGAUCGAGCGACGCCAGGCCCCAAAGAACCGAAAGCUCGAUUCAAGCUCGUUCAUCGAAGGCGAACCUCGAGGAAUGGAAAACGUCCGGCGUUCGAGAAGAUAGCAGUGUCCGAGCGAACGACACGCAACGCCGCAUAAAAGAUCUUCAGCACAUGGAUCAGUCGUUAAGAACUGUGGCCACCCAAUUGUUGAACGUGACGAACAGUGGCGAACAGCCUGCGAAGAUCCUCGACAACGCGAUCAAGAAGGGGAUGGAAAAGUCGGCGGCGAGCGACGAGGCGGCGGCCAACGAUCGGCACCCGAUCGGAUUCGGCAGGCCGAUCAACUCCAAGUUCAGCUACUUCGAGACCAGCCAUCCGGGCCAGGCCAUGGCCAUAACCGAGGAGGAGCUCGAGAAGGAGAUGGCGUCCACGCGUCUGAUCACGGCGUACAAGAAUCACGCGACGACCACCGGCGGGAUAUCCACGUGGAUCCUCCUCAAUCCGCCCUCGACCACCGUCAAGGCGAUCUCGAUCGAGGAUCGAAAGAGGACGAGACAACCGAUCGAAAGCGAGGAGGCGAGGGUCACACCUUCGACGGUGGACACAGCAACGGAGGAGAAGACGGAGAAGGGCGUAACGCUGGGGGAAGAGGCGGCUACUACGAGGAAGUCCUUCGUCCUUCCGACGACCACGAGCAAGAUCGAGUCGAAAUUGGAGAAGGUGGUGGAGCAAGGAACGGAGAAGGAGGCGGAGGUUCCUGUCCAGAGCACACCCAAGACCCUCGCGUCCACCGAUUAUUCCGAACUUGUCACGAACGCGACGAGAAAGAAUCAGAUGGCGAGUCGAACGACUCCUAAACCGAAGAUAGCCGUCACGAAGACCACGGUCCUUGCCUCGAAACCCGCCGUUUCGAAGCCGGCCAAUCGGCCGAAUCUGCAGAACAGGCCGAAGCACCCGACCAGGAAUCGGACCACCGUUAGACCGGACGUCGGUAAGAACGAGAGCGUGCCGGUCGGCAAGGUAGAGAAGGUGACGUUCAGACCUGUCCAGAUGAUCGCCGUUCCGAAGAGCACCGAGAAGCCUAUGUUCGUGACCAAGAUCAAAGCGUCGAUCCUGAUGGACAAUCAGAAAGCAACCACCACCACCACCCCUCACGUCGACGCGUCGACGAGUGGAAGCGUGGUGGUCGCUUCGACGACCUCGAAACCGACCUCGACCGACGACCAUCCCUCGUCCGAGGCCCCCGUCUCCAAGCUCAAACCGGUAGGGACGAAGGUGAACAACGUGUUGAAGGUGCAGCUGAGGAAACCCGCGGACGAGACGAGGAUCGAGAUCGAGCCGAUCAAGGUGAACGCCCCCGUGCUGAAGAUCGAGAAGGUGGAGAAGGGGGAGGGUUUGGCGCAGGACACCAAGAUAGACCUGAUGAAGUUCGAUUUCAAUCCCGAACUGACCAAGAUCAACCAACUGUCCUCCUCCACUUCUUCCUCCACCGCCUCUCCUUCCUCCUCUACCUCCUCCUAUUCUUCCUCCUCCUCCUCCACUACCACUAAAAGGCCCAAGAGAAAGAAGAACAAGAACAGAAGGAGGAAACCGAUCGCUUCCACGACCACGUCCACCACGACUCCAGUCCCCAGCUCGUCACUGGUGCCAAGCUUGACCGAGGAAACCGAGCCAGGCACCGACGUCCCCGAGGAGAACGAGAAUGGAAUAGCGCAGGAGUCGAAGAUAGCCCCAGAGACCAAGGUUGGACAGAAGAAGAAACCCGCUUCCUCGUCCGGGAUCAGCAGCCAGAUAUACAACUUUCUGAGCCGAGAGGUGAUGCCGAGCUUCGGCGUGAUGUCUCUGGUGGGCCUCGGCUUGGGCCUCGCCUCCUACUUCCUCUACCCUUUUGGCGGGACCGCGGCCAGGAGGAACUACGUGGAGGUGGAGCCGAAAUACAAGUACAGUUUCGAGGAAUACGGGGGGAAUUACGGGCAGAGCGAGGAGGAGGUUCUGUCCAAGGUGCUUCAGGGGAUGACCACGGACGAGACGAAGGGCCAUCAAGGGUUGUCGAAGGUGUUCGAGGACAAUUACUACGCGUACCAGCGUUACGACCCGUCCUUCGACCACCACCGCCAAUCGAGCAACGAUCAGCAACGUUAUUCCUCCCCAACCUUGUCCUCCUCGCCCGUCUAUCACCCCUCGCAGGAGAACACCGCCCCCUCGCACAAGUACACCGAUUAUCGUUACUCGAGCACCCCUUCGAACCCUUCGUACCACGGGAUCAGGCAUAGGGAGUACGUGGUAGGCUCGGGUGUUCCUCCACCAGGCUCGGCGAAUCGCCAAUUCGUCGUGGGCAGCGUUCCGUACCCUUACGAGGAGAAGAAGAAGAUACUCGUCUCCCCUCCGUCGAGCGGUGGAAAGUUGGGCAACGGUUACGGGGGGGAGGGGGUGGCAGGAGAGGCGGAGAGCGGCGAGGGGACGAGGCAGAAUUCUUUCAACGAGAUGAUGGGCACCGUGAUACAGAAUUACGGGCAGAUGAAAACAGCGAGGCCGGUGGACGAGGGUUACGAGGAGGUGGAGAUCACGCCAACGGCUGUGGCCGUGGAGCACGGGCCGAGGUCGCUGAGGAUUAAAAGAUCGGGAAGGGACAGGAGGGAUUCCUCGUCCGUGAUUCAAGUGAUUCCCUCGAGGCGAGAGUUGGAGGGGGAGAGGAGGGAGGAGGAGUUGAGCAACGAGAUCCUCGACAUCAUCGACUCCGCGUUACCGGCGGAGGGAGAUUACGAGGAGGACGGGGAGAAGAGGAGGAAGAAGAAGAAGGAGGAAGAGGAGGAGGUGGAGGAGGAACUGGAGAAACGGAGAGACUCGAGCACCGUCGCUUCGUCGACGAUCGAAUCGUCCUCGUCCUCGUCCUCGUCCUCUUCCACCUUGGAAAAUUUCGAUUCCGAGGGGGAGGCGAAAGACACGAGCACCGUCGAGAGCGUGACGAUCGAUCCGACCACGAAGAAGCCAGCCGAGCAGAACGGUUUCAAUCUCUUCAAUUUCGUGAAGAAGAUCGCCGAGAUCAAGUUUCGGCUCGGUCUCACGCUUCUUAAACACGCCAGCGAGGGUUUCGCCAGAUAUCUCGGCCACGUGCAGAAGAGGAUCAACGGGGAGGAGUGAGACGGAGCUCUCUCCUCGGCUGGACGAUUCGUAGCGUCAGCUAAGCUCGCGGCACGUAACCCACCUUAUAUUCCUCGAGGACCUCGUUUCGAAGGAAAAAAAAGAAAAAAAUCGCGUCUCGAAUCUCCGAGAAUGUCUUUCCGAUCGUUGCAACGCGGAUUUUUUUCGAUCGAAUCUGAAAUAUCUUCGUCGUUUCCUUUUUCUCCCUUCCUUUUUUUUUUUUCAGGAAAGAAAUAUUCGUUUCUGAACCGAUAAAGAUGAUUUUCGUCGAGAAAAGUAAUUUUUAACAUUCGUUUUAAGGUUAGGAACGAAUAUUUCUGGUGAAAAUGAUGAAGUUAUUUUAGCUCGUCUAAACGACUCGUCUUUUGUCAGUUUUUACUCUAACUCUGAUGAAGAUCUACAUUUUCUCUGCGUUCUCUUUUUUUUUUAACUUAUAAAUAAUCUUACGUAGUUUUUAUCGUUUAGAAUUUUACAAUAUAUAUGCAAGCUGAUUGUUUAAACUUAAAUCAUCGGGAUCGGAUCGAGAAAGGAAGAUUGGAUUAUUCCUGGACAGCAGGAGGAACAAGAAGCUUUAACAAUAAAUAGGAUUUCUCGCACGGAGUGCUAAAAAUCAUAUGCAUUCUAUGAUAGUUUUUUCGAAACCACCAGAAAGUUUCGAAUUGGAUGGGAAGGAAAAGGUUUCGAAAGACUAGCAGCGAAAAAUUCUAUUCCUUUAUUUUUCGAACGAUUCUUUUGUUUCGAUCGGUAUCUGUCGAUAUAUUUAUGCCUUUUAUUGAGUAUUCAGACCGAGCAUCGAAAUGUAAAGUAUAAAUACAUACAUAUAUAUAUAUAUAAAUAUAUAUAAAUAAAUAAAUAAAUAAUAAAUAAGAUAAAUGUCUA